AUGGCAGCAGCGUUCAAGUUGGCAUGUGUGGUUCUUGCUUUUAUGGUUGUGGCUGCACCCUAUGCAGCUGAAGGUACACUUUCAUGUGAUCAGGUGACUGGUACGGUGAGACCAUGCCUUGGCUACUUGUUGGGAGGUGAUCUCUCACCUGAUUGUUGUCCAGGAGUCAUCGAUCUUCAUGACAUGGCUGAAACCACUGCUGAUCGUCAAGCUGCUUGCGUUUGCUUGAAGAAGGCCGCCAUGUUUUUUAUGACUAGAAUCAAAAAGGCUAAUGCUUUCGCACUCCCUGGCAAAUGUGGUGUUACCAUCCCUUACAAGUUCACCCCUGACUUUGAUUGUACCAAGGUAAAGUAA